AAGCUUUCUUCUUUCUCGCACACCCCUCUCCAAAAUUAACUUACUCACUUUAGGUAUCGUACUUAACCCGUCCAGCCACGUAGUGAGCCGUAUCUGGCGCCCCGGUGCGCCGCAACAAAGUGGGCUUGCGUUAGGAACAAAAUCACUCACCGGCGCCGUUUUAUUAGUAUCAUCCUUAUUAUUACUGGAGACUAGGUAAUCCAACUUCCGAUCUUGCAGCUUGCUUAAAGGGGUCCUCCCAGCUAUUCCGUACCUAGGUAGCUCAAGUUACCACCGUAUCUAGCAGUCGAGGGCAAAAACCGGCAUUUCCGGUCGUUUCAUGAAGUAGUAUAUAUAGAGCCUCCUCGUCGCCUAACGUCUCGUUUUUCUUUUUUUCCCCAUCUCGAGUUGUUUUCAUCAAACCGCUUCCUCAAGACCAAUCUCCACUCUAAGCCUUCUAUUCUCAUUCUUCAUUAGCUCUUCUAAUAAGACCUCAGUCUACUACCAACGACUUACGAUAUAUAUAUAUACCCACUUAUACUUUAUAAAUCCAAUAACUCAUAAUAUCCAUCAUCACCAUCACCAUGCCUGCCGUAGAUAUCAAGCAGAUCGUCGAGAGCAAGCCUCUCAGCUUCACCAUCAAGACCGGAAACGGCAAAUGGAAGUGCCAGCUUCACAGCGACAGAGCCUCAUAUGAGCGCUCGCGCAGCUCGAAGGCGCCUAGUAUCUCCCGCACCAACUCCGACGCAUCUACGUCGUCGAGCAGCUCGGCCGCGAGCACCUCGUCGCACUAAGCGAGGCAAACACAAAACACGGAAAUAUCUCCCCGUCGAGGAGGACCCUGUCGCCGCGUUUCUUCUUUUUUUUUUUUUAAAAAAAAAAAAAAA